AUGACUGAACUAACAGAAAUUUUGAAGAAAGAGAGAUCACAGGAGGAGAAGAAAAUCAAAGUUAUACUAGUGUAUAUACUCACCUAAAUAGAUAAAAUGGAAGUUAUAUUAUUUAUAUAUAAAUCUAUAUUCAUAGAGAGAGAUAAACAAUAUUGAGAUGACGGUAAAUGGAUGCCAUUCCUACUACUGCCGUUCUUUAAAUUGGUGCGGCGACGAUUACGUUUCUCACUCGCUCACAUCAACGGCCCUUUCAUCACGUGCCUCUCCCUCUCACUCUUCCUUUCUGUUUCCGCCUUUUUCUUUUCUUUUUUCCUCUGCAGUUUUCUGUUUGUUUCUCUCAAAAUCUUUCGGCCGUUUCGUUCUAUCCCAAAUCUUCUUUGACGGUGCUUCUUGGUUUUAUAUAUUGGCCCCUUCUGGUAUCACAUUCAUUUGUGAUUGUGGGUUUAUAGAUAUAGAUAGAGAAAGAGUUCUAGAGAGAGAGAGUGAGAUGGAAGGAGGGAAGCAGGUUGGUUCUUCAUCAUCAUCUUCCUCUUUCACUUCUGAUCUUUUUGGUUCCAAUGAGUCGUCGUCUAUUUCUCCUUCUUCUGGGAUUUUAGGCUCUAUCUUUGCACCUUCAUCUAAGGUGGUGGGGAAGGACUCUCUGCACUGCGAGGAGGGUGUGAAAAAGCAAGAAAAUGCAAGCCAAUUUUGGAAUACCAAAAUAACCAAACCUGGAGCUCCGGACACUAACCCUCAGAGCAGAGAAGGAGAAGGGCAGAGCAUACCGAAUAGGGACAAGAGUUCCUUUUAUCAGGAAGAAAGAGGGCAACCAUGCCAUCUGAGCUCGUCCAUACACUAUGGUGGUCAAGAUUUCUAUUCCUAUCCUCAGAAUAAACAGAGCUCCGGGUACCCAACUUUGAACAAAGAUGAAGAUGAUUCCGGCAGUGCUUCAAGGGGAAAUUGGUGGCAAGGAUCUUUAUAUUACUAAGACCUUACCACCAAUGGCGUGUGAAUUUCCUGUACCUAGGAGGAAGUCAUGAACAUAGUUCAUUGCAGAUGGCUAGCCGCUUAUCGUCACUUCCUCCAGCCAAAACAUCAAAGCCAUCAUAUGUACUCAAAACUUAUAUGUGCUCUCUUUUGCCCCUUUUGUUUUCCUCUCUUUUUUUUUUAAGCAACUGUAAAUGAUGUUUUGUAUGUUGAAAUAAUUGCUCUUGUAGCUACUAGUAAACAAGUUGCAGAUAUGUACACCUAUGUUUUAAGGUUUUUUGGUCUUAGAAUGUUGAACGAAAAAUGCAUGAGAGCUGGAAAUUCCCUUUCAUCAAAUUUUCUUGAA